UUUUUUUUUUUUGAGAUAAAAAUUUGCAGGUGCUUUGAUUAUCCGCUGCUACUACAAUCACUUCAUAAUCUACCAAAAUGAUAACCGGUUUGAGAGUGGGCGUCCUCCGGAUGUGUUGCUUCCGCCUGCCUUACCCUGCCGAAGCGCCGCUCCGCCGCCGUUCUCCGCCACCCUUCCGCCUCUGCGGCACUACUAGACUCCUUACAACUUGCUGCUCAAUGAAAAACAAGCGGCAGAAAGUAAUAGUAAUAUCUGGCCCUACAGGCGCCGGCAAAAGCAGGCUCGCCUUGGAGCUCGCCAAACGACUCAACGGAGAAAUCAUCAGCGCUGAUUCCGUUCAGGUGUAUAAAGGUCUUGAUAUUGGUUCAGCGAAACCUUCUUUGGAAGACAGACAGGAAGUCCCACACCAUUUGGUGGACAUAUUGCACCCAUCUGAAGAUUAUUCUGUUGGAAAAUUUUAUGAGGAUGCAAGGCAAAAAACAGAGGAAAUUCUUUUUAGAGGACGUGUCCCAAUUGUGACAGGUGGUACGGGGUUGUACUUGCGGUGGUUCAUAUAUGGGAAACCGGAUGUUCCAAAAGCCUCCCCUGAGAUCACUUUGGAAGUGCAUUCAGAACUUGCAGAAUUUCAGAGGGAUGGUCAUUGGGAUGCAGCUGUUCAAUUGGUUGUUGAAGCAGGUGAUCCAGGUGUCCAGUCAUUAGCAGCAAAUGAUUGGUAUCGGUUACGUCGCAGACUUGAAAUUCUUAAGUCAAGUGGCACAUCUCCAUCAGCCUUUAAAGUACCCUAUAAUUCUUUCAAGGAGAAGUUGGAAUCAAAUGGAGCAGAAUUGUCUGACAUACACUCUUCAAAUAGUGAACUUCAAGAGAAAGACUUGAAAGAUCUGGACUAUGAUUUUGUUUGUUUCUUCUUAUCCACCCAAAGGCUGGAUCUGUACAGAUCAAUUGAUUUCAGGUGUGAAGAUAUGCUUUUAGAUGAUGGAAUUUUAUCUGAGUCAAAGUGGCUUCUUGAUUUGGGCCUUAUGCCUAAUUCCAAUUCUGCAAGUCGAGCAAUUGGCUAUAGACAAGCUAUGGAUUAUCUGCUAAGGUCCAGGGAACAACAGGGCUGGAGUUCUUCUAGAGAUUUCUACAAUUUUCUGUCUGAGUUUCAAAAAGCAUCUAGAAAUUUUGCCAAGAGACAAUUGACAUGGUUUCGGAAUGAGCCCAUCUACAAUUGGAUUAAUGCCUCAAGAUCCAUGGAAGAUGUGCUGAGAUUCAUAUGUGAGGCCUAUGAAGACCAAUCAGGGAACCUUGAAGUGCCUAAAUCGCUUUACAUGGAGAAGGAUAUGUCACACCCAAAGGAAGUCCGUUUACUAAAAGCUUAUCGCACUAAAAAUAGGCAUUUCAUCUCGCCUGAAGAUUGUAGCAGUAUUCUGGACUGGGUGAGGAGAACUCAAGGCGAACACACGAUGUCUGUUUGUUAAAUGGAACUGCUGCACACAUGGUCAGGUUUUCGUCUUUUCUCAUCCAUCCCCUUCACACAAUUUGCAGUAAAGAUAUUUUGGAACUAGAUGUUGCAUAGAAUGAUAUAAUUGUCCGUUGCUUGGAUUUUUUAUAUCCUUGCACCAGCCACAAUUUCGCUGCUCGAAAUGCUUAGUAUGUAACAGACUAUUACCCAUUUUUCUCAUAUUUACUGUUGUGGCUACAAAUUUCACAACAGUAAAACAAAGGCAACAGUGUACAGAGGUGACACCCGCACUUUCAGAAGAAA